GACACUCCUCCUCCCGCGGCUCUUUCCGCCCCCCCAGCACGCUGACAGGAACGCUUCUCUUCCUGCCUUUGUAUAUAGGCCUUACGGACCGUUGCAAGCAUCUAGUUUGUACAUUGGCCCCUCCUCCCGCACUCCCGUCGACCUCGAAAAGAAAUUGCUGUCAGAAUUGGAAUUCGUUCGUAGGAGGAAGGGAAGAAGGUUUUAGAUUAUAAAUACAGAGAGCGAUGAUGGCUAGUGUGGUAGGAAUCACCGCUUUGCCGGCGUGCUCGUCGUUGCAAGUGGUUCGAGGUGGGCGCAAGGGAUUGAGCUCGACCGGUCCGUCGGUGUCGAAGGCCUCGUUCUUCGGGGAGAGAUUGGUCAAUGGGGUUAGCAUCGAUGUCUCAGCAGCGCAGAAGAAGAGGAAUGCCGCGGUGUUCGCCUCUGCCAAUGGCAUGGUGAACAAGCUGACGGCCGCAGUGCUGGCUUCCCUGACUUUGGGUUCUCAGGCUGCGCUCGCAGCAGAUGCUGUCCCUCCACCAAACCCUGUGGAGGCUUUGCAGCUCGCUCCGAAGCAAGCUGCCGGUCCCUUCUCGGGAGCUUCUCUGGCUGCCCCUCCCGUCGCUGCCCCGAAGAAGUCCGACCUUCCUGAAGGAACUCAGUGGAGGUACAGCGAGUUUUUGAACGCAGUGAAAGGUGGAAAGGUUGAGAGGGUGAGGUUUGCCAAGGAUGGAACCACAUUGCAGCUGACAGCCGUGGACGGGCGCAGAGCGAAUGUGACCCUGCCCAAUGACCCUGAUCUUGUCGACAUCUUGGCCAUGAACGGAGUAGAUAUUUCAGUUUCGGAGGGAGAUGCGACGAACAGCUAUGUUAACAUCAUUGGUAACCUUUUGUUCCCAAUCCUUGCGUUCGGAGGGUUGUUCUUCCUCUUCCGUCGUGCUCAGGGUGGCCCAGGAGGCCCAGGUGGUUUGGGAGGUCCUAUGGAUUUCGGUAGGUCGAAGUCCAAAUUCCAGGAGGUUCCAGAGACUGGAGUGACAUUCGCAGAUGUCGCUGGAGCUGACCAGGCUAAGCUAGAGCUGCAGGAGGUCGUCGAUUUCUUGAAGAACCCUGACAAGUACACGGCAUUGGGAGCUAAAAUCCCCAAGGGUUGUCUCUUGGUCGGUCCCCCUGGAACUGGUAAAACUCUUCUGGCCCGAGCUGUCGCCGGUGAAGCUGGAGUUCCCUUCUUUUCAUGCGCCGCAUCUGAGUUUGUAGAGCUGUUCGUCGGAGUGGGAGCUUCACGAGUCCGAGACCUGUUCGAGAAGGCCAAGGCUAAGGCUCCUUGCAUUCUUUUCAUCGACGAGAUUGAUGCCGUCGGUAGGCAGAGAGGAGCAGGAAUGGGCGGUGGAAACGACGAGAGAGAGCAAACUAUUAACCAGCUUCUGACUGAGAUGGAUGGGUUCGGAGGGAACAGUGGAGUUAUUGUUUUGGCUGCUACCAACAGACCCGAUGUGCUCGAUUCUGCCCUUCUGAGGCCAGGACGUUUUGAUCGUCAAGUAACAGUCGACAGGCCUGAUGUCGCUGGACGAGUGAGGAUCUUGCAGGUCCACUCUCGUGGCAAGUCGCUGGCGAAGGACGUUGACUUCGAGAAAAUUGCGCGCAGAACGCCAGGAUUUACCGGAGCUGAUUUGCAAAAUCUGAUGAACGAAGCAGCUAUCCUCGCAGCCAGACGUGAGUUGAAGGAGAUCAGCAAGGAUGAAAUUGCCGAUGCGUUGGAGCGAAUUAUAGCCGGACCCGAGAAGAAGAACGCUGUUGUGUCUGAGGAAAGGAGGAAGCUCGUUGCGUACCACGAGGCUGGACACGCUUUAGUCGGAGCUCUUAUGCCAGAGUACGACCCCGUAGCGAAGAUUUCCAUCGUUCCUCGCGGUGGUGCUGGUGGACUGACUUUCUUCGCCCCCAGUGAGGAAAGGCUAGAAUCAGGCCUGUACAGCAAGUCUUACCUCGAGAACCAGAUGGCUGUUGCCCUUGGUGGCAGAAUCGCCGAAGAACUUAUUUUUGGAGCGGAGAACGUAACUACUGGAGCCUCCAACGAUUUCAUGCAAGUGUCACGGGUUGCAAGGCAAAUGGUUGAAAGAUUUGGAUUCAGCAAGAAGAUCGGGCAGUUGGCUGUUGGUGGUGCUGGUGGAAAUCCUUUCCUGGGACAAUCGAUGGGACAACAGUCAGACCAUUCCAUGCACACUGCUGAUGUCAUCGAUUCUGAGGUGAGGGAGCUCGUGGAGCGGGCUUACACCAGGGCGAAAACUCUCAUGACGACGCACAUUGAUAUUCUUCACAAGCUUGCAGCUCUUCUCUUGGAGAAGGAGACUGUCGAUGGAGAAGAGUUCUUGAGUCUUUUCAUUGACGGAAAGGCAGAACUGUACGUCAACUAGACAGAGGUGGUGAUAUUUUCCAGACUCUUUUCAUUGGUUCCUGCGGUGUUCGUGAAACGAAAGCGAGUGCGCGACAUGCACAAUGAGACACGCGAAACUCCAAAUAGGAUAUGAAGGUCCCCGCACGGAGAAUUUGUGAAAUGCUGUAAAGUUGAUGUGUAUCAUAGGAGAUGACUUGCUCCCCGCAACGUCGUCAUGAGGAAAGUCAAUUGCCCGUCGAAAGUCUGAUCGGCUUUGUCUUCGGGAAUGAACGAUGUACUGUAUGAGAUUCAUUUUAAUUAAACAAGCUGCAAUGUGAAAUCAAUCACAUGCACUAUUCACGCUCUGUAUAUACAGUUGUUUUUAAAUGUUUACACCCACUUCUCACUUGAAUACUGUUUAUUACCUAGAAGUAUGAAAAUAGGUCUUCUUUAUAUAGCAAAAUGGGGACUGUUUAUCUUCGCCUAAUUGGUAAUUGUGCAAAUUAUGCUAUAUGGUAGUGAGGUAUGACUGGGAAAGGCCCAUAUUGACGUGAAAAUUGUAGUCAAUGUAAUAGGUAAUUAUUCUUCAAAAUUAAGCAUAUUAUGGAGGAGUAGGAUAUGUAUGUAUAUAAAAGUUUCCAGCCAGUACAGUACCCGACAUGUCUACAAGAAAAGGCUAAUAAACUUAAACAAACUAUAUCAAUAUUGAUAUAGUUUGUUUUUUUU